AUAAUUAGAGGAAGAAAAUAUCAAUGUCUCAGAUUACUACAUCAACCCCAAAAAAACAUGUCUAUAAUUGCUGCUCUUCUAUAAACAUGAUUGUAAUUUUAUAUCUGAUUAACCCUAACUUAGUGCCGUUUAGUACAUUAUUUUCUUUCCAAUAUCAUAAAUUAGUACCAACAACAAAAAAAAAACAUUUAGUGGUGAUGCUCCACAUAUUGUCUCCACCAAGGCAAAAAGUAUACUCCAAAACCUCCAUAAAUAGAAUAAGCCUGGGCGUGUGUUCUCCACACUUACACGACUCUCUAGCUCAAAAAAAAAAAAAACACCAAAAGAAUAUUGAAAAAAAUGGAUCAAGGUCGUAACAUGGACAUAGAGAAGGAAUCAACAGCAACCUUUGACUACUCCAAACGCGCUCAAUGGCUACGUGCCGCGGUGCUGGGAGCCAACGACGGUCUUGUCUCCACCGCGUCGUUGAUGAUGGGCGUUGGCGCCGUGAAGCAUGACGUCAAGGCUAUGAUUCUCUCGGGUUUCGCCGGAAUGGUGGCCGGAGCUUGUAGCAUGGCGAUAGGAGAGUUCGUCUCCGUUUACUCUCAGUACGACAUAGAGCUAGCUCAGAUGGAGAGAGAGAGUGGUGAAGUGGAGAAGGAGAAGCUUCCUAGUCCACUACAAGCAGCAGCUGCGUCUGCGCUUGCGUUUUCCGCGGGUGCGAUUGUGCCGCUUUUGGCGGCUGCGUUUGUGAAGGAGUAUAGAGUGAGGAUCAUAGCGGUCGUGACUGCGGUUACCGUGGCGCUUGUGGGGUUUGGGUGGUUAGGAGCGGCGCUAGGGAAGGCACCAGCGGUUAGGUCUUCGGCUAGGGUUUUGUUUGGAGGGUGGCUUGCUAUGGCUGUUACCUUUGGGUUAACUAAGCUUAUUGGGUUAUAUGGACUUUGAAUGGUUCGUAAAUAAUCUAUUGAUGAGAUCAUGAAACGUGACAGUGUGUUUUUAGUUUUAUUACAGAUGUAAUACUUAGAUUUGAUGAUCAUAGUGUUUGAGAGACCAGUGGAUGUUGUAAACUAUUACGAUGGCGCGGUUCGUUUUAUUUCCGGCAACUUUGAUAGGAAGUUUCUGUAGUAAUAAUGCAAACGUUUACGCUAAAUCGGAAACAAUAAUCGUUUUGCUGAUAAUAUAAUCUUUUUUUUUU